CAGUGACAACGGGAGUCGAUAGUCACGCUUACCUUGCCAUUCGCCCAGCAUUACCGUGUGCAUUGACCUCAGGACAUAUGGCGGUUCGUCGUUUCCGUUAAUAUUAAAGACUACCAGGGAGAAACAAGACGAAUCGAAGGCCCGGCGCCCCCUUUCACCAUUGGUCCAACCCAUCCAGCAGCGUGUAUACGCUGUGAGUACCAACACUCCUGCACGGCUUACUACAAUCAGUGGACGAGGAUGGAUCUAUACGUGUAACAGCUAGAGGAUCCGACUGCCCGGGAACGCAGGAUUUUGUGAUCACUUAAUGGAUAUUUGUAGAGACCUGUUGGAAUAUGUUGUAUGGGCGUUGGUGAAGACGGAUUUUCGUAGAGCUGCUUGAUUCUUAACCAUGGAACUAGUGUGCACGGGACUAGGUGAUGGAACGUUUCUGUAAUUACGAGAGCACGUGAGUGGUUUGUCUGAACCAGGAUGGAGUCGAACCUGACAGAAUACGAACCGUACAAAAGCGAAACGCUUGUGUCCUUCUACAAAUGGUACACGGGCGUCCAUGGCUAUCUCAGCAUCCUUGUCUGUGUGUUCGGGAUCCCAAUGAACCUCAUCAACAUCACAGUCCUUUCCCAGAAGCACAUGCGAACGCCUAUUAACUGUAUCCUAACGUGGCUGGCGGUGUCGGAUCUACUUACAAUGACGUCAUACGUCCCCUUUGCUAUUCACUUUUACUGUGUGUAUCCGCCCUGGGAAGCAUCCCCUGAGAAGAACAGCCAGGGAUGGAUGCAGUUCAUUUUGUUCCAUAUCAACUUCUCGGCCGCCACCCACACAGUUUCAAUCUGGCUUGGUGUUACCCUUGCUAUUUUUCGAUACAAGCAUAUUUAUUCUCCUGCCAAAGGGGCGAUAACUCGUAUACGACGACUCGUCCGCGCCAGAAUUGCCGUUGUAAUGAUCUAUGUAUUAUCCGCUGUAGGCCUUACCCCGAACUAUAUGACAAACAAGCUUACACAUUCUUUGAAUGGAAACAACGAAACAAUAUACCAUUUUGAAAACCUCGGACUAGGAACAUCAGACGUUAAGCCAGUUGUUCUGUUGAAUUUAUGGAUGUACAGUCUGUUAGCAAAGUUGCUGCCGUGUAUUUUGAUGGUAGUCUACGGAGGACUGCUCGUCUGGACUCUCAAAUCCAAGCUGCGUCACAAACGCAGACGACUUUCCUGCACUUCCGCCACGAUGCAGCGCCCCCUAGACAACUCACGAACGACCCGGAUGUUGCUGAUUGUGAUCGUCCUUUUCCUGAUCACGGAGUUUCCACAAGGAAUUCUCAUCAUCAUUAGUGUGACGUCUAAAGGAUUUUUCAAGAAUGUUUACAUUCCGCUUGGUGAUUUAAUGGAUAUGGUAGCCCUUAUAAACAAUGGCGUCAACUUUGUGCUGUACUGCGCUAUGAGUAGGGACUUCAGGAGAACACUGAUGGACUUGUUAAAGAUGGCUGUCAUGCCCAAUGCCAAACAAACGGUAGCUAAUGGCAUCAACAACACCGACUCGGAGCGUUCAAAUACAGCGUUGAUUCUGCGCAUGACAUGACUAAGGCGGACCAGGGAUGGGUGACAUUGUAAAAAUAUGGCGCAUGCUCAGUGUCGUUUCCGGUAUGUGACGUGGGCAAAAUGUGAAUACAGCUUUACCUGACAAUUGGUAAUUUUAUGUUUAUUUAAGCGUCUUGAGCGCCCAUCGUGUCAACCUGACGUGGCACUGAGUAAUGAUGGUAUGUGAGAUGUGAUGAUAUUCCACUGAGAGUCAGGCUCACCAAAACCAUAUCAGCUUCUCGUCGUUGCCUUGUGAUGCAUUCACCUCCCGCACCCUAUCCCUGUGUUAUAGAUAUUACACGAGAUCUUUGUUCAGAGAAACUCGAAAAUCAGGACCAUCUUUUCCUGGUAAGAUUCGACGGAUAAAAGCAUGUCCCGUUUGACAACUACCCGAAUUGACGAAUGUCACGCGUGAAAACGACGGCAGAUUUCCUGGAACGGGAGUCAAUCGGGGCUUCACAGGACAUUGACCCUAUGUGACUCUUCUAACUAGUGAAAUAAGUCCCUAUAAUUCAAGACAUUAAUAUUACCCUAACCAAUAAUCUUUCCAAAUACGGUGAAACCUUUUUUACCGGUUAAGCCAUGGGAAACGACUAAGCGUAUUUCGGGACAACCGGAGCAGCAAUAUCAGACCAUAAGGAUCUUGAAAUUACGUCUUAAACGAAGUUUGAGUUCGCAAUAAGUAUUGAAAUAUUGACAAAAGUUUAAAAUUACAAGUAUAUUCAUCACUUAAUGUGACAUCGCGUCCAUUUGUAGAGGAGGGAAAAAACAUACCCGGAAUCACACGGAAAACAGAUUUUUUAACUUCAUUUGACUAAUAUAGUGCUGAUUCUCUGUUCGUGCAUUGUGCAUAUAAAAUAAUUAUAGAUAAGCAAGUCAGGUUUAACAUCUUUUUUUAUCAAUAUUUCAGUAAUAUCAAGGGGUCAUCUAAAUGUGGUAGGAUUGUACAAAUUGAAAGCAUGUCGAACAAAGUACACUUUGAUGAAACCCCCGAGCAGGGUAAGAUGUUGAUGAUCAAAUAUAAUAAUUGGGGCGAACCUCUGAGUUUUACCCAGGAGCCUGGUUGUCUAAGGGACACCACUCUUCACUGCAAGUUGUGGCAACUGAGACCACGCGCCCCAAACUCCCGAACUUACACUGGAAGAAUGUUUACAAAUAUCUUCUUCACAAGCAGAAACAAUUGUUGUAAGUUUAACAUAAACAUUUAAUGCGACAUAUUUCCAAGCAUAAACAAUUGUAAAUUUAAUUUACAUAUUAACUAGCACAAACGAUGGUUGUAAAUAUAAUUUAAGUAUUUUACAUAUUUGAAGUAUUGGAAAUUCCUAAGUUGCACACAUUCACGUAAAUGUCUAUGUGAAUUUACAUACAUUUACGUAACUUUAUAUCUAAAUUUACAGGGGGCGCCGCGAUUCGCUGUGCAGAGUUGCGUCCCUUGGGCACGCCAGACACCUAUUAUUGUGGCUUCGAAUCCCGGUUCGCCCCGAUUAUGUUUCUAGGUUUGUCAGCACCAUA